AUGUUUGUAUUACAGAUACAUAGUGUUACAUUCUAUAAUCCAUCAACUCAGACCAAGCCCAGGAAUGUAUUCAUUGAUGUAUCAAAUGAGAAUCAGCCUGCUAGACGAUACUUUGUUGGCAGGUUCUCAACUUCAAGUACAAAGUCUUGUGACUCGAUUGUACAUGUGUCAAAGACACCGAUAACAGUACAUUUGUCGUAUGGACCUUUGAUGUAUCAUGAUCUUGGACCACAGACGAUAUAUGACUUUCUUUAUGGCGAUGUCAGUCAGUUGGGACACAAGAAGUUUCUAACGUUUGGUCGCAGAGGCCCACUGUACCACGUCUGCUACUCUAUCUCCCCUGUCAAGUACUCUUAUGGAUUCGCAUUGACAAAGAUCAGUUGUCUGAAACAGAUCACAUCAAGUAAGGAUGAACUCUACGCCGAAGUCGAGUUCAAUCACAGCUCCCAAAGCAUUGGCAUUGGACAUACCAACAGAUACCAUCUCGGUACCUUUGUCUCUCAUGAUAUGACAGAGAUUCAUUCAGUACACAAUCUUACCUUCUCAACUCUGGUCAACUUUGUCAUCACAUUCUUUGUAAAGACCAAGUUCGCAGAGUAUAUACUUGGUACGCUCAAGUUCACACCUGCACAUGAGCUCAACUCUCCAAGCGGUCAAUCGACAACUCACUCGAGCAAACGAAGCUUCGAGCCUCUGAACCAACCUCAUCAACAUCAUCAUAUACAGCAUCAGCAACAACUUCAACAAUCGCAAUCACAAGACCACCACCAACACCUACAGCAGCAACAACAUACGGAUGAUCAACAGAAGCGAACAGACACUGGCUCCAACUCAUCAAGUGGAUUGGAUGAUAGGAUGACAGGUGUGGCAGCGAUAUUCAAUCAACAGACUGCGCCAAGACAGACCCACGAGUCACCAAACAACGAUGAAUCCAUAACAUCACAAUUGAAUCAAGCUGUCGUGGACAAGAAGAUCAAUAAGGAGAAGGGUGGCCUGGUGGUAUAUCGCGCCACAUCAGAUGAUCGCGUACACACCUUCCUCCAGGACGACUUCUACACGACCAAGAAGAUCACGCUCACCAAUCCCGAAGGCAACGGCUCGUACGAGUUUGUCUUCUCACUCACCAAGACAGACUUCCUCCUCACAAAUCCAGCCUACACACAGACUGAUGGCGAGGACAUUGACUCCAACUCCAACCCCAACUCCAACCAUCAGGCCAUCAAUCAGAGAGGCGAGCGUACCUCUGCCAGCAGACACUUGCUAACGGGACCCCUGGCUGAAAAGCGCAAUGACGCAGCGGUGGACGAGGUGGAGGAUCCAACGGGCGACCUCACCAGCAACAACUUUAAUCUGCAGACAGAGAACAACAGCGUGGAGGUACUCAUCGAUGGACUACAGACAUUCAGACGAUACUUUGAAGCGAUGAUGAAUGCCGAGCACAGUAUCAGCAUCCUGGCUUGGGAGUUAUCAUUCUCCUUUGGUCUGGUGCUCACAAAGAAUGUUCAGUCUGGCCUCCCAUCAGUGUCCAGCGACAUUGCCAAGUGGAUCACGCUUGAGGAUGUUCUGCUAUCCAAAGCUUUGAGUGGCGUUAACGUUAGAAUCAUUGUCUGGAGACAUGAGUUGCUGUCACAUGUCACGCGUUACCUGUACCUGGGCGAGGUUACGAUUGAGCGCGAGGUGGCCAAGCUCGAGAGGCGUUGCAAGAAGCUGAACAUAUCUUGCAAGGUGUUCAACACGACGCAUCAUGACAUGUCUGCCAAGGAUCAAUCGAUGGCCGACCUCGACGGACCUGUGGCUCAAGGCGAGACUGGCUGCAUCACUGUGGUUAUCGCUGGCAACCCCCAGGGUAUCCUGUCAUCUCAUCACGAGAAGCUGGUGCUCAUCGAUGGCGAGUGUCCCGAACAUGCGAUCGCAUUUACUGGUGGCUUCGACGUUGCUCGUGGACGCUAUGACCAGCCUCUCCAUCAAAUACCUCGACCCUACAUGCAGAACCUGCUCACGACCCAGUCCAAGGACGCCGAGACUACCAAGCCACCGCGCUACAGUGGUCGCAACAUUCAACCUAUCCUGCCACAGAUCCGUUUCCUGUGGCACGACAUACAGAUAUCACUGCGAGGCUCAAGCGCCCAGCAUCUGCGGCUGCACUUUAAUCAGCGCUGGAUCCAUGCAUUCUCCAUGAACGUCCUACAGACACGAUCAAAGUCCAUCCCGCUCAAGAGGGACAAGCCAUGCAACAAGGUACAUCAGCCAGAAUCAUCGAUCGUCGUUCAGCACAACGACCCAGCACCAUCAUACAAGAACUGUUCAGUGCGACUGUUCCGCACGUGGAAGGGCGUGCUCGACAACAACAUGCUCUUUGACGACUUUGGCAAGAUGAUCACCAAUGCCAAGGAGUUCCUUUACAUCGAGCAUCAGUAUCCCUUCCAGAACUUCACACUCACCUAUUACAUGUGUGAGGCGCUCAAGACCAACCCGAAGCUGCAGAUACUCAUUGUCACACCUGUGCGUACAGAUCUGCCCAGUGGGCUUGUCGGUGAGCUCUUUGAUUGGUCACAGGAUCACAUCAUCAGACAUCUACACCUGAUAUACAGUAUUGCACCUGAUCGUGUUGGCAUUUAUGGACUGGUGCGACAGGAUGAGGAGUCAACGAGUCGACUGAAACCUAUAUAUAUUCACUCCAAGGUAAUCAUUGUCGAUGAUGUACUAUUUAAUUGUGGCAGCACCAAUAUGGACAAUAUGAGCUUCUUCCACUCGAGUGAGAUCAGUGUUGCAGUGUCCGAGCCAACAUUGGCAAGGGAGACUAGAGUACGUUUGGCAAAGGAGCAUCUGGGCAGUCAUUACAACGAUGCGAUCGAGCAUAGUUUUGCCGAGAUGUUCACAGCGUUCAAGAAGGUGUCCGAACAGAACUAUGAACGAAUGAGAUACAAACGAUUGCUCAUUGGUCGACCCGUUGCAUUGGCACCAGUGGAGAAGUAUGAAUUCCUACUCAAGAAGAUCUACUAUCCCAAUAAGUUGGCCAAGCUAAUGUUCAAACUUGGCGUUGACAGUGACAAAUGGGUAGAGAAGGUUGUCAAUCCAUCAUCAUGGUUGCCCAAGCUCAAACCAGAUCCAAAGCUUUAA